AUGGAAGGACUCGAAGAGAGCAGCCCUGUCGAACGGGUCGCCCUCGAGACAGAAGGCGAGGCAGCGACACAGACGACAAGUUUAGGCGUCAGAGACCAACUCUACGACGGUAGCGUUCGCACAGUUUCUUCCAGUACUGCAACGGUGCCAGCUUCAAACGUGAUUGCUACCAAAGGGGAACAGAGGCGGUCUCUUAAUCCGGCAAAAACAACACCAGCACCAAUUCCUGAGCUUCCCGAUGCCCAAGAGAGGGGCCGACCGAAUGAUGUAAAGGUCAGCGAUGACAUUAGUCUGGCUGAACUCAAAGCACGUCUGAACCAGCUGCAAGAUCAGGUCAAUGAACUAUCCAAAGAACCAAAGAUUCCUGUCAAUUCCGAUUGUUCCCUUGGCACUGGGAUGGAGUCGGCACGAUGGAUAAACCCCAAUUAUCCUCAAAUGUUUCCUUAUCAUGCUGUUGGAGGCAGCAUUGAUCUUAAUUAUGGUGGCAGUGUUGCUUCUACUGCGGUCGGCUCAGGAUUCACGGGGGCGUUCUUUGAAGUCGAUGUCAACCAAGCUGUCUCGGACGAAGAAGACGAUGACUUGACAAUGCCAGAUUAUAGCACAGUUGGGGAUGUCCGUCCAAGUUCAGAGCAGAGGUGGAAAGACUUACAGGAAAAGUUUUUCCCUCAUAGUUUAAACGACAACGAGCCGGAAGGUGACGACUUGACAAUGCCAGAUGGUAUAACCAGCGAUGACCGGUAUAAUAGUCCAGAGGAGAAGCGACGAAGGUGGGAAAUUUUCCAAAAGGCGCUUCAAAGUACAGACGAGGCACUGCAGGAAGAAGAUGUAGCACAAGCGCCACCAGCAGAGCGACAAAGGCAGAAUCCGCGGUCCAAAGGAAAGCGACAAAAGAUCGAGCCCUCGGGACGUCAAGCCAACAAGUCUUCCUUGGUGUUUAUGCACCCCGAAGAAGUGAAGGAGAUGAGGCCCUACACCCCAGAAGAACUUGAGAAAGUGAGACAUCGACCAUUUCCCAGUCGCCUUUUCAUUACAAACGUACAAGUGGCGUGGAACACAGUAUGGUUGAGAACACGGCACACAGACCAUCAUGCGCACAGAUCUACUUUCCUUCAUAUUCGUAAUGUCUUCAAGGCCGACGCAAUCGCAAACAAUCCACCAGGCGCCAAGUAUGCUUUGACCGAACUUCUGAACAUGUGCUUCGGAAUGGAAGACAGCGAGUUUUACAGCUUUGCAUGCACAGUGGCAUCUGCAUUGUCAUCGGAAGCUUCAAACACCGAGUUUGAGAGAGGCUUGCUCCUGCACUUUCCGGAUGAACGCCGAAGAGACCACUUGAGGAAGAUUGAGGAUGAUAUGCGAAGAACACACCGGCAAUUGACGGGGAAACAAUUGGCACGUCGAGUUCUGGAGCACGAGCAGGAACUUGCGAGAAAACGGAUCCGGCAGCUUUUGCACAUCGUCUUCUCCAAAGUGAAGCAAAAGAAGAUGUUGCUAGAUGACCGAAGAGACAACAUUUACCGGCUUGUCCUUUGCAUGACCAAAUACAAUUGCGACAGCAGCUUGCCUUUUCUUUAUGCCGCCGUCGCUUUCGUAUUCCAGAUCGUUACCGGCCUGUUUGUCAUACUGAGUUUGACGACGUUUGAUGAGGACGAGAACGCGGAAAGGUGGCAUGAGAGCUGGGUGUUGUUUGGGCGAAACAUUGCUUUGGCACUGUGCACAUUGUCAUACGGAUUGAUGAUUGCUUUCCCGGAACUAAGAGGCGCCCCAGAAGUCUUCAGUGUGGCUGUUUGUGGGUUCUUUGUGGUUUUGUCUGCUGAAACGUUUCUGGAUGGCGUCAUCAGUGCAGCAGCCCUUUACUUCAUUGUGGCAAUAGACAAGCAACUUGUGCCUUGGCUUGAGCUCGAUACCAAGGCAAUCGUGCAUGGUUUCCUGAUGGAUCAAGCCCUCGGAGAGUACGAAACCCAACGAUACUCUCAGGAAUAUUCUGACCUGGCUGACAACCCAUCACCCAAUGGGCUUCAAUCCAUCCAAUUCAGCGACAUGUUCCUAACCAACCAUGAAGAAAGCGGAAGCAGGCCAUCAAGGGGUGUCACCUUCCAGCCUUUUGAAGCCUUUGGAGAUUCUGGACAACACGAAAGUGAGGAAAGUUAUAUUCUUGCUGGUGGCUCUUUAAUCAGCCUUCCGGACAAGCGAAGAGCUCCUAGCAGCCGCAAGAGGAGAGGAGGAGGCCGCCAAAACAGAAAGAGCUGGGAUCGGAGCUAUGUAGGUGGACAAAUGCAGGUAACCAACAAGAGAAUGGUGACUUCCGAUUGCCUCCUAAGGAAAGUGGAAUGGCAGUACACACGUGGCUUUGACAACACAUGUGUUCCACGAAUUGGGCAUCUCAGACUGACAAAGCUGAAUUACGCGAACAGCACAAUUGAUAUCAUCGGCAAGAACACAGGUGUUUUGGUUCUGGAAACUUGUCUCUGA